CUGGUCAAGCCACACUUAUUCUGAAGAAUUUAGGCCGGACGUCGCAAUGUUUGUGUCCGCGCGCGAGGAAAGUUGAGUUGCUAUCGUGAAUGUAAAGGCUGCAUAGUAACGUUAUAUAAAGUUAGGAAGUAGAUUAUGCCAAAGUUUUAUUUUGGGCGAUAGCCGCAUUGGGGCAUUUAACAUAACUUAACUAAGCCGUAACUUCCGUCUAUAAGCGCAUGUGUUUAUGUUUGCCCAUAAUAAGCAAGCUAAUGUUAGCCAGUUUACUAAGCGGAGCUAACUUCACAGACAACUAAAAAAAACCGUCGACGUUUAGCUAGCAAGAGCUAGCGCUACCGUUACAUUGUAACGUACUUGUCGUUUUGCUCUCGUGCUUAAAGAGAAAAAGUUGUUAGUUAGCAGCCGUUGUUGGGAAUGUCGCCUAUGUAUGGUCGCAGUCAUGAAUGGUCAACGAACAUAUCAGACAGCGACUCCGAGGAAGAGCCCAAGCUCCCUCUCAAUCAGUUCUAUCCAUACAUCCGCUGUGCCCUUUGCUGCGGCUUCCUCAUCGAUGCCACCACCAUCACAGAGUGCCUGCAUACAUUUUGCAAGAGCUGCAUCGUGAAGCACUUCUUCUACAGCAACAGGUGUCCCACAUGCAGCAUCGUAGUCCACCAGACACAACCACUAUACAACAUCAGGCCUGAUAGACAACUGCAAGAUAUUGUUUACAAAAUGGUUCCCUUCCUAGAGGAGUUCGAAAGAGAACAAAUGUGUAAAUUCUACAAAGAGCGAGGGUUGGAAGUGCCAAAACCAGUGGUGGUCUCCCCUUCGGUUCCUGUUGUGUUGAAGAGGCAGAAGAAGGAUAGCAUGCCCCCGUCUGUGUUCACCAUUCCUCCCGAGCUGGAUGUAUCUCUGCUGCUGGAGUUUGUUGGGGCUGAAGAGGGCAUCAAUAACUAUAAGCCAUUAGAGAGGCGGUACGUCCGUGUGUCGGGCGAGGCCACCGUCCGCCACGUGGAGCUGUUCAUCAGGAGGAAGAUGGAGCUGAGCUCUACCUGCCAGGUGGAUGUGGUUUGUGGAGAUCACCUCCUAGAUCACUACCAGUCACUCAAAGACAUCCAGAACUCUGUGGGUGAAGAGGCACUGCAGGACGGUCUGUUGGUGCUGCACUUCGGCCUGGUCCUGCCCUCCCAGUCUUGAUCACAAGAGGUGGAUGUAGUCCAUUCCUGAGGAGAUAAACAGAAUGUUUUGACUUUGUUUCUGAUCAUAUGACUUGUCAUACUGUGAAGUAAAGUUUCUUCAUCGGCAUAAGUGCUCUACAACUGUCAUGGAUGUGUUUGGAUUUUCACUAUCUGCUCACAACACAUCUGAUAAACCUUCCAACUUAAAUGUUACUGAAGAGUAGCAGGUGGCAGGCAAAACACUUCAUGUGUAAUAGGAAGUCCAGGAACUUUACACUUUCUUUCUUCAUUGAACAGUCUUUAUGUAUCUUGUGUUCAGGACAACCCAUGUGUCUGAGGUAACUGGCUGGACACAGGGGACAUACGUCUGAUUUACUGAAGUGCCAGCAUGCAAAAUACAUUUUACCUGAUGAAUGGAAAUGACACGUUCCUAGUCCUACUGCCUCGGUGUCUUUGCAGAUUGUCCAUUGUGCUUCCAUUGCGAGACUGGGACUGCGGCCGUAGCUAAAACCGGACCGCUAAACCGUGUCGGUGGGUCUGAAACCUCUCAACAUUUAGGUCUGGGAAGGCAAUACGAUGCAGUGACUGAAAAACUGCGUCAGUCUACUUUACCUAUCUCUUAGGGAACAGGGACUGGUAUCACAUUGUAAUUUAAAAGGUUUGAAACGUGUGUGUGUGAGAGAGAGUGUGUGUGAGAGAGAGAGAUUUAAGGGCUUUUGUAUAGACUCUGCUGAUGUAAACUGAUUUUUGACUUCAUUGAUUAUUUAAAGGGAGUUUGUAUAGUGUUUGAUGGGCUUUGAUAAUAACUUUCUUACUUGGUUUUGUCAUAAUGAAUUAAUAAACCACUGAGGAUGUUUCUCAAUUCAUUGUUUCCUCAUUGUAUUCAUAUUGUGCCUAAGAUCUCUAAUACCAGUUCCUAUAGACCUCAACUGUGAAAAAGGUGUUGCUCGG